CCCCCCCCACCCCCCAUCCGUUACGUCGCUCCUCUCGCACCCACCACUUUUGACUCGUCUCUGCGCUUCCACUGGCUACACACGCGUUCUGCGUUACUACCGCUUGUGCGCCCCCCUCCCUCUGGCCGCCCUCGUCACCUCGGCCCUCUUCCUCGCCCUCGCCCUUCCCAAUCCACCACAUCCUCCUCGCGUCCCACGCCCCGAGCCUUACCUUGCCUCCCCACCCACCCCCGACCUGGAACCAAACAAGCAUAUCGAGACCGCAUCUUAUCGAUAGCAGCCUUGUGCAUACCCUUCGUCUACACAACCACACGCAGCGAUCUGCGUCGGAUUGGUAACACUUUUUGAUCACCAAACAGUGAAGAGCACGGCCAGUAAAAUCGGCCAGCUCUCAUGCAAAACGCUUCGACCGCGACAGCUGCUCUUCCAGGACCCCUGGCGCAGCCUUGGGCAACAAACCCAUCGCACAUGUACCCCAACAGCAGCGCGCAUCAGCGCUCUCCCGCCAACCCUCGCGCAACCUACGACGCGGCCUCCACUGGCGGUGACGACCAGUACGCCAACUACAACCAGGCUGCUGGCUUUAGCAACGUCGGCGUUGGCUACAACUACGGCAGCGGCAUGAACCUUUACAACACUUCCCCUUCGCUCCCCUCUGGCUCGCGUCGCACCUCCAACCCCAAGACUAGCUCGCCCGUCGCGUCUACCACUGGUGCUGGCGGUGUCAAUAACUCGCCCUCUGCCUACUACCCUCGCCAGCCCGCGACCAACACUGCGGAUGUCUCGCAGGCCCAGUACCAGCAGACUUCGGGCUCGUCGCAGGCGCCAGUCAUUGGUCAUCACGGCCAGGGGAUUGCCGGAUCUCAGCAGUCCCACUACGGCUACUACCCCUAUUACGACCAGAAUGCCCACCACCAGGGCGGUGGUCAGUGGCCUGGCUACAACGCGGCCGGUGCUGGCUUCCCCGGUGGACAGAACGCUCCCCAGCAGCGCACUCCCUCCACUGGCUCAGUAACCACCCCCUCCACCACCAACGUCAACGACCAGUCACAUUCGUCUCGAGGCGGUGGUGGUGGUGCCGGCGGCGGUACCAGUGGUUUCGACUACUCUGCCUCUCAGCAGCAGGGCGGUUACCAGAACUGGGACUCGUCCCGCCAGCCUGGAUGGCAAGGCCAGCAGCAGGGCCAGCACCAGGGCCAGCAGCAGGCAGGAGGAGCGCGUGCCACUAGCAGCGGUGGCCAAGCCGCCCCAGUGAUCAGCCCGUGGCAGGGCUACGGCAGUCACCACCCGUUCCCUCCUCCCCCUCAACCGGUUCCCCAGAUGGGUGGCCAGCUUCCUCCAGGACAGUACGGCUGGAACCAGCCUUGGAACGGCCAGGGCGGCUACUACCCCCAGCCUCCCCACCAGGGUGUUCCGCCAGGCCCUCCUCAGCCGCCGGCUCCUGCGCCUCCCGCUCCUGCUGCUACUGGCGGCAAGAAGUCGAAGAGCAGCAAGGCCAAUGCGGCUGCGGCUGCGGCUGCGGCUGCUGCCGCCGCCGCCACCGAGGCGCCUGCCGAGCAGCAUUUGGGGAAGCGUGCUGCUGAAGCAAGUGCCGAGGAGGGCGAGAAGAAGGAGAAGGGCAGCAAGAGCAAGAAGGGCAAGAAGGAGGAGGAGAAGCCCGCCCCCAAGGUUGCUGCCAAGUCUCAUCUCAAGCCUCCUCGCCAGGCUCCCUCUGCCUGGCAGCUCUUCUUCACCGAUGAGCUCAACAAGGCCAAGGCCGUCGCCGCUGCCGAGGCCGGCACCACCCCCGGAGGAACGCCCAUCCACCCCAAGCUCAAUGUCGCCCAAAUUGCCAAGGAUGCCGGUGCUGCCUACGCUGCCCUCAGCGAGGAGCGCAAGGCGUACUAUGCUCAGAAGGUCGAGGAGGGCAAGGUUCAGUAUGCCAAGGAAUUGGUAGCCUGGCAAGCGACCUUGACUCCCGAGGACAUCAAGGCCGAGAACGCAUUCCGUGCCCAGCAGCGCAAGGAGGGCAAGUCCCGCAAGGGCAACCUCAAGGACCCCAACGCUCCCAAGAAGCCUCUCUCCGCCUACUUCCUCUUCCUCAAGGGCAUCCGCGAGAACGACGACCUUCGCAAGCAGGUGUGGGGCGAAGAGACGGAGACAACAAGGCAAAGUGUCCUCGCGGCCGAGCGCUGGAGAGGGCUCAACGACGACGAGAAGAGGCCCUACUUGGCGCAGGCCGAGAAGGACAAGCAAGAGUACGAGUCGCUGCGCAAGAUUUACGAAGACGACGCUGCUGCUCGUGCUCGCGGCGAGGCGGUCCCCGACCGCCCGCAGUUUGCCGAGAUUCAGUCGUCGAUUGUCGACCCACCCAAGUCUCUCCUCGAGCCCAAAGACAAGAAGGCCGAUGGCACUGUCGACCCAACAGCAUUUACUUUUGCUCAUCAGUCAACGCCCGAUCCGGAGUCUGGUAACGGUACGUCGGCAGCCCCGAGCGGUUUCGACGCUUCUUUGGAGAUCGAUGAGUUCCAUGGUUUUGACGACAUGGACCUCACUGGCCUCGAAGGCAUGACAGGUCACGGCGAAACACACGAGGUCUCCGAUCGUCGUUGAAGAAACGAUGACGGCACCCGAUGGUUCGACAGCCGUCGUUGAAGACUGGGUCUUGGCCCUGCCAACCGUCGACAUUGUCGGCCCGCGGUAGUGGUUGAGUCCGAGGUAGCAGCAGUUCUUGAACUGUCUGUCUUCUUAGCGACCGUCGAGCCUCAUCCCGCCUUUGAGUCUUCAAGUGCCACGUCAGUCAACAUCGUCAACGCCGAGUCAGCAAGCACACGAGGUCAGCCUGCAGCAGUGGAGCCGGUUGAAGCUGUUGCGACUGAGCCUGCAUCUAUGUUCCCCACACCACAUGGAUGAUAUCGCAGUGCUUGCUACCCCGGUGGAAGCGAUUCGAGUCUGUCGUGGCUCUUUUUGGGGGUUUGUUGGAUUUUCUUUUAAUCCGGAUCCUUUCGUCUUGUUCUUGGGGUGCCGUUUACUUCGUUUUUUCUCGAUUCGGUUAUAAUGGAUGGGGGCAGUAAGAAGGAGCGAGAGAGUGAGAGAAAAGAGUACCGCUUGCUUUUGUACAACGUACAUUACAUAUACCACUGAAGAGGUUGCGCUGACCGCCAUUCAAGAGGUCACAAUGAAAUGCAACCAUUGAAACCUG